UCAUCAUCAUCCUGUUUGUCUUAGUCCUCGUCCUCGUUCUCUGUCUUCAUUCAUCAAGCAGUCUCACCAUGUAUCUGGAGAACAAAACCAGCCUGGAGAUUGAAAUGUCUCAGACGGCAUCCCAAGGCCACCAGGGCAGGAGCAGCCUCAGGUCACCGAAGGCGGUGGCAGGGAACUUCGGGGAACUAUGUCUGCUGGAGGGCAUCUCGGAGAGGCUAGACACCCAGAAGCUGCAGCAGUCUGCAGGACAAUGCGUCAUCCACACCGAGGGCUUCGUCCCCAUUCGACAAGAGGACGGUUUCAGGAAAAAUUUCAGUGCUGUCAACAUCCUCAGAGGAAAAACUAACUCAGCCAACCUCACAGAGAGGUCGCCUCUGCUGCGAUUCUCUCAAGAUGACAGCAUAACCUACAUGACCCUACAUGACCCCAGCUUUGUUGGAGGGGAGGAGCCCUGGAACAACGGCUCCCUGGAUGUGGAGAGGCGGUACCGGCUGGGCAGCGAGGUCACGAGCCUGUCGCUAUCGCACUCCAGCUCCUCGGAGAAGUACGACCCUCUGGACAACCUCAACCUCAGCUUCAGGUUCACAAGCAAUGUGAAAUGCUGCUUCAAAGUCUCCAAAACUGCCACCAUCUUUGCAUUUGUUGUUCUCUGCAGUCUGUUCUUCAGCAUGUAUCCUGAUCGAGACAACCCCUGGAGGAUGCUGGCAGUCUCUCCCACAGAGAGUUUCUCAAUGAAUGUGACUGAUUUUCGGGACAAUGCUUUACUGAAGCUACAGGUGGCCGGGCCUUUUGCAGGGGGCAUGAUAGAUUUGACCACUCAGGAGUACAUCCUCAUUCAGGUAGAGCAGACUGAGCAGCCAGGACAGCGGCGGAGGAGGACUCAGCAGGUGACUCAUAAUUGGACCAUCCCUCUACAUGCAGAAAGAAGCGACCAGAUAGUGGAAACAAAAACCUUUGAGAUGCUCAACAGUGAUCCCAUCGCCAUCACAAUUCAGGCGUUCCUGCAGGAUAACGAGGUGGUGCCGCUAUCCAUGACCCACCAGCCGCUUUACGUCAGCGUGGAGACACAGGUGGCCAUCGCUGGAAUCAUCCUAGCUGGGGUCUAUGUUCUCAUCAUCUUUGAGAUUGUGCACCGCACCCUGGCUGCCAUGCUGGGAUCUUUGGCAGCCUUAGCUGCUCUGUCUAUCAUCGGGAAUAGACCCAGCCUUGUUACAGUGGUGGAGUGGAUCGACUAUGAGACGCUGGCUCUUCUGUUUGGCAUGAUGGUGCUGGUGGCCAUUUUCUCAGAGACUGGCUUCUUCGAUUACUGUGCAGUGAAGGCUUACCAGUUAGCCAGAGGAAGAGUGUGGCCCAUGAUCAUCAUCCUCUGUCUCAUUGCUGCCAUUUUAUCUGCUUUUCUGGACAACGUGACCACUAUGAUGCUUUUUACUCCCGUCACCAUAAGGUUGUGUGAGGUGCUUAAUCUAGACCCCAGACAUGUCCUGAUUGCAGAAGUAAUCUUCACCAACAUUGGAGGGGCCGCCACAGCUGUCGGAGAUCCGCCCAAUGUGAUUAUAGUAUCAAAUCAGGACCUGCGCAGAGAAGGGAUUGAUUUUGCCAGUUUCACAGGCUACAUGUUCCUCGGAAUAUGCCUCGUCCUUUUUACCUCAUUUCCUUUCCUGCGGAUGCUCUACUGGAACAAAAAACUUUACAACAAAGAGUCCAUUGAAAUAGUUGAACUCAAGCAUGAGAUCCUGGUUUGGAGGCAAACGGCUCAGCGCAUAAACCCCGCCAGCCGAGAGGAGACAGCUGUGAAAUGUCUUUUAAUGCAAAAAGUCCUCAACCUGGAGAGUCUGCUGCGAAAUAUGAUGAAGACCUUCCAAAGACAAAUUUCUCAGGAGGAUAAGAACUGGGAGCAAAACAUCCAAGAACUGCAGAAGAAGCACAGAAUUACUGACAAAGUUCUGCUGGUGAAGUGUGUGUCCGUCCUUGGCGUUGUGAUCUUCAUGUUCUUUCUCAACUCCUUCGUUCCCAGCAUUCAUCUCGAUCUUGGUUGGAUCGCUAUCUUGGGUGCGCUCUGGCUUUUGGUUCUGGCUGACAUUCAGGAUUUUGAGAUCAUCUUGCACCGAGUGGAGUGGGCCACGCUGCUGUUUUUUGCCGGCCUCUUCGUUUUGAUGGAGGCUUUAGCCCAGCUGCAGCUUAUUGACUAUAUCGGAGAACAGACAGCACUGCUUAUAAAAGCGGUGCCAGAAGACCAGCGCUUGGCUAUAGCCAUUAUCUUGGUGAUGUGGGUCUCGGCUCUGGCUUCUUCUCUCAUUGACAACAUUCCCUUCACUGCCACCAUGAUUCCUGUUCUCAUCAACCUGAGUCAGGAUGCAGAUGUGAACCUGCCAGUUAAACCGCUCAUCUUUGCUUUGGCUAUGGGAGCCUGUCUGGGUGGAAAUGGCACAUUGAUAGGAGCAUCAGCCAACGUUGUGUGUGCAGGCAUCGCUGAGCAACAUGGAUAUGGCUUUUCCUUCAUGGAGUUCUUCAAGCUAGGAUUCCCCAUGAUGAUAAUGACAUGCAUGAUCGGCAUGUGCUACCUGCUGGCCACGCACAUCGGACUGGGAUGGAACAUGUGAACUGUACCUGCUGCACAGAAAUCCAAAGAAACUGUGUGACCACUCCUCCAAGAGUCUGAGUUCACUGUAACGUGAUGUGUAACCUGACUGCUCAGUUUACCGGCAUUAUAUGAAGCAUUGCAGCCAUAUUUUUCAAAGCACGGAAAAGUGGUGUCUUUGAGUAAAGUGUAGACCAUCAGGGACCAGAUUUAUCUGAGCUUUGACCAAAAUGCAAGAAAUUUCUGAAACAAAAAUGUCACCAGUCCAUUAUGGUGUACAUGGUGCUAUGGCUUCACAGGGUAAAAUAACUAGUGUAAGCAUUUGAAGGUGUGCUCGCUGAUGUCAGACUGUCCGUUCUUUUGGAAAGAGACAAAAAAGAAACAAAAAAAGAAAAAAGUGGCCUGUUUAGAAAACCAAUCACGAACAUUACACCAGUGGUUUACCAAACUUCUGUUUAUAUUUACAACAAGAUCCAGUGAAAGGGAUUUUCUAAUGGUUUGUGUCAAAGGCAGCAUCAAUUUAACUGCAAAGAACCGAUGAGACAAGAAAGCAGUUGUAGACUGUGGUCGAAGCAUUGUAUACCACCUAGUGGAUUGUGUACAUGUAAACUCACUGAUUUAUUUCAGCAAUCAUAUUCAUCAUGUAAAUGCUCUCAAUGCACUGAACAGCAUCUUCUUACUUUAUCUGUUUUUCUGUAUGCGUUGUACAGCCCAACAUCCUGAACAGCCAAAAGGAGAACGAAAAAAUAAAUCGA